UGUCACGUGAGUGAUGAUGAUUUCGCCACUGGUGACAAGACUAAUCCGCUGCCGCUAGCUCUGGUUAGCAGGUUUGUUGACUUUCGUUUGUUCCUGUUUUUUCUUCUCUGAAUCGGAGCAGCGACAUAGAAAUGGAACAUACCGGGAAAGAAAAAGAAGCGACAAGCUUAAUGGCCGAGGCCGAGAAGAAAGUACGGUCAUCGCAGUCGUUUUUCGGGUCGAUGUUUGGGGGUUCCUCCAAGCUUGAAGAGGCCUGUGACAUGUAUGUGAGGGCAGCCAACAUGUACAAAAUGGCCAAGAACUGGUGUGCUGCAGGAAACGCUUUCUCCCAAGCCGCCCGCCUUCACCUGCAGAUGCAGAGCAAGCAUGACGCAGCGACAAACUACAUCGAUGCCGGGAACGCCUUUAAAAAAGCAGAUCCACAAGAGGCCAUAAACUGCCUCAACAGAGCUAUUGAGAUAUACACCGAUAUGGGCCGCUUCACCAUUGCAGCCAAACAUCACAUCACCAUUGCCGAAAUAUACGAGACAGAGCUGGUGGACAUUGACAAGGCUGUCGCUCAUUACGAGCAAGCUGCAGAUUAUUACAAAGGAGAAGAGUCCACCAGUUCAGCAAACAAGUGCCUUCUGAAAGUAGCAACCUAUGCAGCUCAGUUGGAGCAGUACCCAAAAGCUAUUGAAAUCUAUGAACAGGUGGGAACCCACGCAAUGGACAGUACGCUCCUGAAAUACAGUGCCAAGGAUCACUUCUUCAAGGCAGCGCUCUGUCACUUCUGCAUAGACAUGUUAAAUGCAAAGCUUGCUGUGCAGAAGUAUGAAGAAAUGUUUCCAGCAUUUUCAGACUCGAGAGAAUGCAAACUGUUGAAGAAACUUCUAGAUGCCUAUGAAGAACAGAAGGUGGAUGCCUAUACUGAUUCAGUGAAGGAGUACGACACCAUCUCUCGGUUGGAUCAGUGGCUCACCACCAUGCUGCUGCGCAUCAAGAAAACCAUACAGGACGAGGAGAGCGACCUCCGCUGACUUCCCUCCAUUCUCGACAAACAACCUGCAUUCUUCGUUUUGCCUCGAGCCUGCCGCUCCCACUUAAUUCUUUAACCAUUAUCCCUUAUAUUCCUUCACAGACAGUUCUCCUCCUACCAUCUGCAGUAUGCCUUUUUUUUAAUCUGCUUGACUCAAACCUCCAACGAUGAUGGUCUUUAUAGUUCUGAACACUACCUUCCUGAGUGCACAUUGCACACAUUAUGUUAGAUAUAUUUAUCUUUAUGAUUCAUGUGUUGGCUUAGUAUUAGUUAAAAUUGACAUAAUUGGGCUGCAAUACCAAAUACCAGCGUACUUGCAAUAUAAAGGCUUUAUUUUAUUUCCGUUAGUGUAUAAAGAUGAAUGGGAAGAUGCCAACGUGACCCCGAGACCUGCAAAAUCUAUUUUCCACAAAAUGUGCAUUAGAUUAAAUGAAACAGACCAAAAUGCCAUCACGAGGACUAAAGCAGUCGUGUUUAUUCUUGGUACAGGGUGUCUCGAGUUCACCGAGUACCUCACCUGCGCUCCUCCUCCCUGCACGCUGAGAGCCCGGGAGUCCCUGAGGUUAUUCCAUGGCAAAUAAUUCCUCUGCCUUAUGUUCUCAGGACACGAAAAGAUAGAUAUGAUUUUAAAAAAAAAAAUCACUAUAAUAUUAACGACUGCUUUUAUCAAGAGUUGUUGAUUAAUUAGCAAAUGAGUUUUCGUCAUUUCCAUUUAAAGUGCUUUUAUUCCACAAAAGAAGACCCUUUGGAAGACAUUUGCAUGGUUUGGUCUAAAUGGAGACGUUUUUGGUUAUUGUCUGAUUUGUUUGUUUUCUGUUUAUACUAAACAGGCUGGGAAAAAAAGAGGCCUGCACAAGAUGCAAUACAGUGAAGAUAAGAAAGCUUUACUGAUCUGAACACUGUGCCCAUGUAUCCUCUGGAUGAUUUUGGUCUUAAAUAAUUUGUAUAACAGUGAUGUUUCCUGCCAAUAAUAAAAUGAGAAUUGUUGUGGAAACUA